CAGGGGGCUUAUCUGUGGGCUCAGAUUCUCACAAGUUGCGCCAGUGCGGAGGGGAAAGGAGUGAGUUCGAAUUUUUGAGAAGAUAAGAUGUCCUCGGUCGCCGGUCCGGGUGAGAGCAGCAACUAUUUCCCGAAUUCACAUGAAGGGCGUUUGUUGCAAGGCGUCUGUCUUGGUGUCGUGCGGGAUAAUGUCAAUGGACAGCGAAAUGUACCUGCGGGUCCUCACUGGCGGGAGAAACUGAGUAAAAAUAGCAACGAACAGGCUCGCGACCACAUCGACCAACCGUCUCACUGUAUUCUGUCCCGUGAUCGCGCGCUUUCGCCGCACGGCUCAACUCGAGAGAAAGCCACUUUGUCCGCGAUGAGUUCCUUGUCACCAGCGCCAAGAGGCGCUCGGGUGCCACUACUCCACGAUACUGCGUCCUUUCCUUCUUCAUCUGGAUGUGUCCCAUCUCCCGAGGACGUCCCGAAGCCGCGCCUCGCAGAUGGCUGCUCCAAUACGAGCUCGCAGCUGCGGGCGCUCGCAAGCGUUGUGGAUAGCUGUGUGCUCGGGGGCCGCGAACAGGUUACCCGACCGCUGCUCGAGAGAGCCAUACCUUUUAGCACGAAUCUUGCCGUGAAGAAUCAAGUGAACAUCGCGGGUCGCGUCAGUCUUCUGCACUCUCGAUUGCCACUUCGGACUGCGACGGACGCGGCUGCUGGCCUCCAUAGCGCUGAAAAGAGCUUCGCCACGAAACAACUACCAGAACUCUCCAUAGCAGGUGCUUUAGACGAGGGACAGGGAGCCCCAAAUCUUCACAUUCAUCGCGAGGACGAGGAAAGCUUAACCACCGAUAGCGCGUCAGGCUUUGAAAUUUUUAUUCGAACAGAUUACAAGAAAAGCAGAAGCACCGCCGGCGCUGGGACCUCCACUGCGGCUGUCGGCGUCAGCAGUCCUACAGUACUCUCUUCGUGGAAAACGUCGCCAAGAUUCGCGCUGCGACAGGCCUCGUCGGUGCGUGCGUCAACAAGGACCAGCGAGAGGGGGCCGGACCCAGGCGAGGGAAAUCUGCCUCCGAGAGCAUCAUCAGGGGACCUCUGCAGUCGGCUCGGAUCGGAGCGAAGCCCCGCACUGGAGAAGGAGGAACUCUGGCAGCGCAUCCCGAUGGCGUACGCUACUCGCGCUCAGCACCAAGGAGGUUCAUUCGCGGAGCCGCGUCAUUGCACCGCACUACCGCGGGUGUCGUCGUCGUCCCAUCCAAAUGCAGUAUACGCAAGUCCUAAAGUAUUGGAUCGCACCGCCGCUGUAGCCUUCGCCGGCGGACCCGCAUCGGUUCAUUUUGCUCCUGUGCCUAGCCCAAAAAGUACAAGUAGCGACAAGCUGCUUCUUGAACGCCUCGCCCCCAGUGUUCAUAGUUCCAGCUCAGUUCGUCCGGAGGCUGCGCCAAGGGGAUCUUCGCUCGGCGCGACCUCGAUUGCUCAGCGACUACAAACAACUCAAGCCGACCCGUCUCAUAGCGCUCACGAAAGGCGGGCAGUGCGGAUGCAGCUGCAAAAAGCGAACGAACCGCUUGCACAAAUAGACAACUUCGUCUCGCUCUACGAGGUCGUGUCCGAAAAUGCCGAGUUGCGCAAAGAGCUCCAGGAUAUCAAACGGUUCUUGGCCGACUACGGCCUCACCUGGGUUGGAGGCUCUCCAGAGGACGGCGUCGAUAGAUGCGUGUUGGAAGAGGAGGCUCACCAUCGCGUCGGUAAGAGCAUAAGAGCCAAGGUCAUGGCCGCGCCACCGCUUCCCGCGGAGCAGAGAUCUCGACUACAGGAGGCCUCGAACACGUCCCCGACAAUAGCAACGGUCCCUGAAACUGAAAGAUCGCAAGAAGCAGAGGGCAAGGCGCUAAAGGUCUCUCCUUCGGUCAACGCCAUGCCGGGUCGGCCACCUGAGCGAGGAAGAGAAGCGCCGGCGGUUAGCUCUAGUCCCUCUCGUAGACAAGACGAAACAGACGCACGGACAGUGGCGCCGACCGUAGAUAUCGGGCUGAUCCAGCGCAAAGUCACGGAGUUGAGCGGUCUCGUGGAGAGGGAGGCCAAAAUUGUUCAGGUAGGACCGCAGGGCGGCACCAGGCUACACCAGUUCGAGUCCGAAAGGCUGGCGCAGCUCAUUUUUUUUCAAGACGGGCUGCGGCUAGAGGGUCACCCUUUUUACAAGUAUGAGCGUAUCACACAGAAUGGCACAUCCAUACCAGCUUUACAAUAUUCCACAUCAUUGCUUGCAAAGCAUAACUACUAUCCGCGUACGCCAGGCCUGUGAAGAUGUGUAGAAAAGUUCAACUAUUCCGCUAGAUCACAAACUACAAAGUAAGAAGCAAAAUGCUGAGGAAUAAAGCGACGAGGCAGGCUCUCCAGAAAAUGAAAACGACAAGGAAAUGAGGUCUCGCCCGACGGGGCAAGCCUGCCGCGCCGUGAUCCGCCGGAACUGCCAGGCCCGGCCGCACCGCUACGCCCGAUAACUUCAGCCGGGCGGCGUGUUUGGAAGGUCCGUCUGGCUUGCCGAAGUUUCUUCAUAUGCCCCAGCGCGUGCCCUUCCGGCCUGAGUUCCAGAGGCGGCGAGCCGGACCGUGUCGCCAGGUAGGAUUUGUUUUGGUGCAUGCCAGGCCAGGUAGGAUUUCGGUGCCGGAGAACCAGCCGGAGCCACCCGGCGGGCCAGGCCGGGUACUCAGCGCGCCGGCCCUUUCGGUACCAGCUCGCUCAAUUUCCGACUGGGGGAGGUGGGGAGGUGAUGCGUGAGAUGCUAAGUAGUGACCCAGAUCGGGCGGUGGUUCAAAGGGAUAGGGGAGUGAUUCAGAGGAGGGGGCAAGUGGUUCACAUUCCUACCGGACGGCGGGUUUGAUUUGAUUUGAUUUGCACGCCUGUUGCAUAUGUGCAAUCAGAAGUAGCCUUCCGGCGGUGGCUGCGUGCGGCAUGCGGCAGGCUGCUGCGUGCCGCCUGUCUGCCGUGCGUUUGUUGCACGUAAGCCACGCAGAAGCCCUGUCGCGGCUCUUGGCUGCAGGCGUCAAGCAGCCUGCGCGCCUGGCUAGAGUGGUGCCAGGCAGCGCGUGAGUGUGCUGCAUUACUCCGCUAUGCGGCUCGUUCACCCCGUGCGCUUCUUUCAGUCCCCCGGCCCAGUAUGCAGACUCUUCAAACAUGUGCUCCCACGGAGAAACGCGCAGGGCUGUCUGGCUUGCUGGUUGCCUUUGUCGCGCGGCUGGAUGGAGUGUGGGUGAGAUUCGUGCGCUGGCAGAUUGACAUCAGUAGAGGCGUCGCGCCAUUUCGUUUGCCUUCGUUUCCGUUUUUCCCGCUAUUGCCCGCUCCCUUCGUGCCGCCCUUCUUCUUGGCGUUGCCCCUGACUGGCGCCACCUUCGCCAACAUUGGCUGUACAUUUUCCCUCGGCUUGCCCAUUUGCACCGGCUUCAGCUUGAGGCCGCGGCUGAAGUGCUUGGCUUCGGUGGGGGUUGGCGGCGACGGCAUGGGGGGUGUUUGCCGAGAUAAAACACGACCUGGAUCCAAUUUCCGUUCUUCCAGUUGACGCACCCGACAAGCCCCGGGGCGUGCGCAAUCAGCCGCCGCAGUACCAUGGCGGCGCCCGCCCCUCCAAAAAUCGCGGCGCGGCCUGUUUCUCCUGCUGGCCCCGCAGCCCGAACGAGCGGGGCGGAGCAGGGUAGCGGUUUUCUUGUCAUUGCGCGCGCCGCCGCCGCCACGGUAUUUCUACUCGGUCGCGCGCGCAAGCUCACCCAAAUCCCCCGCGGCCAGAAAUGUCAAAAAGUAGGGGGCAGUGGGCCUGCCACGCAUCCAUGCCGGCCGAGUGCUCGGCGCAGGGCGGCAGGUUGUGCGCCAAUUCUAUAACGGGCGCCAGCGUCUGCAUUAGCUAAAAAUGGCGACGAGAUACGACCUGCAGGCCCUUCAGCGACUUCAAUGCCUUAGCGUCGCAGCCCAGUACUCUGAUCCAAAUGACUCAGAUCCAGAGCCUUAGCGCUAGACCUAUGGCCAUGAUGAUGCUGAAGAGAGUGGAGCCGAUGAGCUUGGUCCCUUUCCUUUGCCCCUUCCAGGUUCGGCAGAGCGAGGGAGCUCAAGCCCUGCCGUUUGUGUUUGUGUUUGGGAUUUUGCUAGCUGUGCAAAGCUGCAGCAUUUUGAACCUUUGGCGGUGUGGUGUUCCCCAACAAAAGCGCGCGCAAAAACGCGCGCGCUGGUCGUAGUGUAUGAGCCGGGUGAGCGCCCCGGGCCGUUAACUCCCAGCGCGCAACAGUAGUGCGCAACUUCAAACGUGCAACACGAUGCGCGACAGUCGGCCAUGAGAUGGGGCCGCGAUCAAAAAGCAAGGUAGGGCGUUUGUGUUCUGUGUGAUAAAGAACUCGACGGCGCAGCGGGUCUUGCGUGACGUGCUGGACUAUCAGAGAGAUAACGCAAGGCACCCCCGACCGAUAUUGCGGAACUCAAAGCGGGGCUUGUGCCGCGUGAUCCGAUGCGACAAACAGGCCCGGCGGCUUCUUUGGCACCCGGGCACAAAACGGCCGGCAAUGUUUAAGCGGUCCGUGGUGCUGUCAUCCCUGAGAGGUAAAACCUGUCAUGUCUAGGCGGCGUGGGUGCUGAACUGUUGCCAGCAAAGCAACCUGUCUCCAUUUCUUUCAUUGGGUUUUAGCGCGCGGCUAAUUUGGAGCGCCCAAAAACGGGCGCCAAAACGGGGCCAGCAGGAAGGAAGCAGCUAGCUCGCGCGGAGCGGGCAUCUAUCAUCUUGGCCCACAUUCGAAUGGAGGGCGCACCACAAAAGCCGGCCGACUCCAAAGUGGGGAGGGAGCAGGCGACGCGCUGGGCUUCUUGGCCUUGGGUAGCAAGAAAAGGAGAGGAGUUCGCCAGAAAUCGAAGCCAGCUGCCGGGUUUUUGCGUUGUGCGCGAAAGCCUGGGGGCGCACAGGCUGGCAGGAGCCGUCUUUGCCGUUCUCGGCCCCCGUGCAAGCAGCAGGCCACCGGGGCAAAGCCAGCCCGGGCCCGGGACGGCGCGGUUGCCCGCGCGCGCCUCCUCCUCUUGUUCCCGACUGCGCUUCAAGCGAUUGGCAGCAGCCAGCCCGCGCGUGCCAUGGCAUGAAAGAAGGGUAGCCCCGCGCGCCCGCACAAGUACGGGCAAGCGCCGCGCCGCCGGGCCCCGAGGGUGCCCGCGCCCCCUCUUUUCCGCGCCCCCUCUCCUGUGUCACUCAAGGCAGCGCUGGCCCCCCGCGUCCCCACCGUUCACGCCGAUGGGCAUUUGGGUAGCCAGAAAAAUAUCUCCUGGGAGCGGCCCCACCCAGGCCCCGCCACUGGUAUAGCACGUCUCUGUGUCACUCAGAUGCCCAGGGCGCCGCGACAACAAAAGGAAAGCACCAGGGCGCAGCGCGGCCCCCUUGGGCGGUGUUGUGGUUGUGAUUCCGGGCGCACAACCUGGGGCCCGCCUGAAUAUUAGCAGUGGGGGAGCAAGUUUCUUGCCCGGGCCGUGCCAUUUUGCCCCAUGCGCGCGAAGGUGGCUGCCGGGAAACUCAAAGCAGGAAUCCUGGGCGCCGACGUAAAAGCGGCCGCCGUAGAUUUGGAAGCCGGCGGGCCUAAGCCUAGACCCCGAAACCUUGGAGCCGAGGCGGAGGCCGGAGAAUGAAGGUUGGAGCGAGGCCCCAAAGCCGAAAACCUUUGCCGGGGGCCGAAGGCCUGCGCGAAUGCCGGAAGCCCGAAACCUGAACGCGGCGCGUAAAAACCUGAACGCCGGAGACCUGGAGGCCGCAAGAAGAAGCCUGGGGGGCCGAAAAGCGCUGGGCGCCGAAAAUCUGAAGGCCGGCCGAAGGCAUGAGGGGCGACAACCUGAACACCGGGCCGAAAACCGGGGCGCCGGUCGAAAGCCAGCGUGCAGCGGUCCGGAAAGCAAAAAGCCAGAAAGCCGGAAGCCGGGGCACCGAAGCCCGGAAGCCGGGGGCGCGGCGAAAUCUGGAAAACCGAAAGCCACCAGGCCGGAAGCCUGAAAGCAAAAAACCGGACCGCCGGAAGCCGGAGGAAGGUAGGCCGAGGGGUGCCGGCUAGAGGUAGACGCGCCGCCGCGGGCCCAGCAGUGUUCAGCGCUGGCCAGUGCCGCGGGCGCCCGCGGCAGCACUUCCGUAGCGUGCCGCCUGCCUCCGUCCUUUCUUACUUAGCAACAGCUGCCGCGGGCGCAGGGCGGAAAACUAGAAGCCCCGCGCGCUUCGCCGUUGAUUGGCGAAGGGGCCCGCGUGUUGUUUUUCAUGCCAUGGCCACCCGGCGCGGGCGCCCGCCUCAGUGGCCCCGGUGGCUUGCCGCUUUCGAGGUGAGGGCGCCCGCGAAAGAUUUGGGCGGCCCCGGUUCAUCCACGCUCGGGGCCGCCCGCCAUCCUUUUCGUUUGCGGCAUCCAUUGCUGCCAAUUUGCAGCGCGCCCGCGUGUCUUAUCUCUGUGCGCUUCGUUUGGCUUUGCCUCUGUACCGUGGCCAGGUAGGCUCGACGAGUCUUCUUGUGGAGGCCCGGGAAUCGGCGAUGCAUAGGGAGCAUAGCGAAGCGCGGGCGCACCGCACUGGAUCAAGGGGCGAGCAGCUUCGACACGCUGCCCGACCGCCAGGGCGUAGCUAUCGCGGCCCUGCGUUAGUGCGAGUGAGCAGGAGCACCUCCGUGAGGCGAGCCAUUUCUUUAGAGGUUGCGCCCACAUUCGCCCGGGACCCCUAUAUGCGGCGGGGGUGGCUCUUCCUUUUCCACCCGAUAUGGACGGAUAUUUUCCCUAUCUGUUGAAGUCCGACUAUCCCAAUGGGGUGUGUCUCCAGGUGGUCGACCGGCUGAACGAAGACUAUCACAGCCACGAGAUUCGGCUUGCCUCUCGGGCAGUGCAGGAAAAGUUUCUGGACCUCCUUCCGAAGCAGGUAAGACGAACUCGACUGCUCCAGUACGCUGCCCAUCUAUAGACUUUAUUGGCUCUGUCUGCUUGUUGCUUUACACUUUAAGUUUAGUUUUUGCGUUUUCGUUUUUCUUUGACUGCAGUCUCUGGCCCGCCUUGGCAGCUAAUGCAGUGCCGAAGGAGCUUGCUCUAAGUAUGUAAGCUGCUGUCUUUCGCGUUUGUGUUGCUUCGCUCAAGCGCCAGCGCAUUAUUCUAAACGCGCGCCGCCUCUAACGCGCGGGGGGAGGCAAAGUCUGUGCGUGGUUUAUCAAUAUGCGCCUUCUUUUUCGCUGCGCUGGUGGAGCUACUUUUAGGAUAUAGGAGCGCUGCACUAUGCUGACUCGCCUCCGGUGUUUAUUCGUCGAUUGCUUCGGUCUCGUUGCUGUCUUGUCGCAUUUUGAUUGUUGGCCGCACAGGUUUUCUGUCUUUUUUACAAAGCGCCAACUUAUUUCGCGCAACUCUGCUCAGGUACACGCCAUGCGUUUAUGCGCGCUCUCUCUGAUCAGUGGCGGUUCCUGCGCUUUUCCUCCGAUCCUUCUUCCCUUCCGCUCCUACUCCAUCCUGUUUCCGUCCCGGCUCCGCCACCAGCGUCGGAAGGGUUUAGAGGGUUUUUAGGAUUUAGGGUUCCUAUUUUGAUUUUACAAGGCGCCAACUUAUGUCACGCAAGGAAAGGGCAAAGAAACGAGUUGCCAAGGGGGGAAGAAGAGGAAUGGAGGGGGACCAAGGGCGUAGAGAGUAAUCAUGGGAGAGGAUGGCGCACUCUUCCAUGCGUUUUUGGCGCGAUCUUUUUCGAAAAGUAUUGGAGUUGCUAUGCGUGUUAGCUGGGCAAAACUAUCGCAAAUUGUAGGCAAUAGACUCGAGAUCUAGAAGCUCCCCGAGAUAAGACCUCCUAACUGCUCGCCCUUGAGAUGUCCCAUUACGAACCCAGGCACAGACAGUCGCAGUCCCACUCCCAGAUCCGCGAAGCCCGAUCGCAUAUGCAAAUUUAGACCCAGUUCGAAACUUUUAGCGGGCGCGUAAAGUUCUUCAGCCCCAACGACAAAAAAGAGAAAACGGAGCACAGUUGCCUCAUGACAAAAAGUAAAAAUCUGGGCCAAAAAUCAAAUGGCUUGAGUUUCUUUUUGGAGCGCGGGCCCAUAAUUUUUUGGGUUCGAAAGCGAGCGCGUCUGUAGAAAAAAGCCGGUGGCCUUACUAGUGGGACAAGUUUGCCAAAAAGGGCGCGGAGGAGGUUCAGCGUGCCGAUUCGGAAAACAAAAAAAAAGUCAAAGGGCGACGCGCAGUCGGGAACGCGGUGGGAGGGCGCCCGGGUCUCCGCGCGUUGCAGCAGCCGCGGCCGGCGCCCUCGGGCGGGCGCCGCGCUCGGGGCCCGCUGGGCUGCAGGGAGCUGCCGCGGCCGGCCGCUUGUUUUUUGAAAACAAACAGCUGCCGGGGUUCUGCGCCUCGGGGAGUUUGGUCGCACCCAGUGCCCCCGCUUGGUAUUUGUGAGAGGCAGCCGCCGCCGUCCCCCCGGGGCCUGGCUUUCGGCCGCCCUCAGCCAUUUGGGCCACUUGCCUUGUUCUUUUCGGCUUUGCAGUCUUGGCCCUCCGUUGCCUGACUGACGAGGAGCUUCUGACUCUUGAUAUUUAUCGUCUGGUGUAGUUGGCGUGCGUCUAUAUGCGCACGCGCGUGCGCGAUUUUCAUUUUUUCUCUCCCGGCAAGUGCUGCAAAAGCGAGUUGAGCAAUUACAAAGACGGAAAGCAAGAGCACACUUUAUUGCGUUCGUGUUCGGUCGUCAGAUUGAUCCAGAGGCAGAGGGGCAAUAAUCAACAUCAGCACAUCUCGUUCUCUCUCAGGUUAUUCUGGCGAACGGGCAGAUUGUUCCGAUCCGGCAAGAGAUGGAAGAGCGGCUCCUUUCUAAGAAUGAGCGCGACGCCGUACGUCUGCCAGCCGCAAAUCCCGCCGAGCUGCGGAGUAACAGUGCGCAGACGGCCCGGAGAUUGGUGACGCGGACAAUGGUCGAGGAGCAAACUCCUGGUUGCAAAACUACUGGAGCUACGCUUCCCGUCAGAGCCAGUCCGUUGAAAGCCGUGGAGCACACUUGCAGUGCGAGGGCGAGGCGAGACGACUGCAUGACGCAAGCCGGCCCAUCCGGCGGCGAGGCGGAACUUGGAGCCUCGUUUUGCAGUAUUUUAGUGAAGCACCGUAACGGAGCUUGUCGCGUGUCUCUGCCGAAGCAAGCGACCGUGGCUGAGCUCUACCAGGCGGCGAAAGCGAAGCUUCACUUGUCGCACGAGGACCCUUCCUCGGUACUGAAGUGUGCCUUCCCUCCACCGACACGUUUGUUUGCCGACACCAAAGCCACUUUAGAUAAGGGAGUGUUUGGAGGAAAAUCGACGACGAAGUAGGAACUAUAUGCAUAAUUCAAUAGAAGGACUAUACGGGAAAAAAUCACUACAACCUUCAGAAGAAAAUUCUUCAGAAGAACCUUCAGAAGGAUCGAAAAACCUUCUGAAGGUGCAGAAGUGGGCACUUUGAAAAAGACACAAAACUGAAACGGAUACAGGUCCUGUUUCGGAAAUUUUUUUUUUUUUUCAAACCUUUAGAAAAUUUUGUCGAGUUUGGACCUUCAGUAGGUGUUCAAUAACCUUCAGAAGCUCUUUGAUCGAUGUGCAAAACUUUAGCCACAGUCUUCUUUUGUGUGUUCUAGAGCUUUACCGUAGCCACAGUUUUCUUUAUGAGUUUGGCGUCCCCUCUUCGUGAACAGCCUGCAAAGAGCCGAACUGUGGCCAAAGACGCAGAACCUGCUCGCGUUGGCCCUACUCUUAGACGUGAGCGACUGACUGACUGCAAAGCUUCGGAAGGUUUUUAUGCGCCUCGUUUUUGACCUUCCUGAAGAUUUUUUCUUUUGCCCUUCUGAGGUUCAAAGUCCCAAAACCUUCUGAAGGCGGAAUAAAAGAAAACUGUGCGUACUUUUCACAAAAAAACAUGCAAAAGGGCUCGCGUUAUUUUUGAACCUUCUGGGCAUCAAAAUACUCCGCGCUCUGUCGCAAAGGAAUCUGCUGACUGACAUGGGAGGCGUGCUGAAGUGGGCAGCUUUCCCGCUGCGAAUCUUGGGCACUGGCCUCGCGGGGUUGAACGAGGCGGAACCAUGAGGCACGGCGAACGCGCCAAACGGCGGACGCGGCGCUAGUGACAGCAUUAGCAGAAGGCGCAAUGACCCGACUACCCGACUCCUGUGAUCUUCGGCUAGCGGGAAUCAUCCCGGACCGCUCGGAGCGCUUUAGCCCGGGCGCAAAAGCAAGGACGAGCUGACGACCUCAGUACUUUCUACGGACGAGGUUGGGGCCGCUCGGAUCUAUGUAUGGGCGAUUUCCACCCAACGGCACAAAAAUGGUUGCAGUGCUGCAACCAAAGAUCAAGGCGGCGCACUUGGAAGUAGAAGAAAGAUAGAGAACAAGAGCAGCAGGUCCUGGCAUAUUGCAGCAGUGCACGCGCUGCGGUGGAGGCCGUGAUGGCAUGGCACUCAGGCCAAGCGAUAUGCUUCAGACAGGUUGGAGGACUAUAAGAAACUGCACCAAAAGCCGCGGGGUCCGCUGCGUAGGGGUGCGGGCGUGGUGCUAAGCCUGACAGAAGCGAUCGAGACCAUGGAGGUGCUUGGGCACGUAGUGCAAAAGAAUUGCCUCUACGGUGACAGCGCGGAGUCUUGGCGGAAGGUAGCAAGCGACGCCCCGGCGUUAGAAACAGGGUUGCGGUACGGCAGCGCAGAAAAUCACGACUCGCGUGGUGCUUGGCCAGUGUACGACUUCGGGGAUAGUUAAUCUCUAUGACUUCCCACCGGUGAAGGAAUGGCCGGAAAUGACACGCGGAGAACGGUCGAGAUGGCUGCUAGAAAAACUAGGCCUGGACGAAGCUGAGCAGCAGGGGGCUACUGGUGAAGCAGGUGCGCGGGCAACGCAAGACAGGCCCGCGAGCCAAGAAAGCCAACAGCAACAGGGGCAAGGCUUUCGCGGGACCGAUGAGGGGCGCGACGCCGUAGACGAGGGGGCCCUUGCUGCAGUAGUGGCAAACGCAUUGACGGGAAAGGCAGGAAAAGGCGUCCCCCCCCCGGAACCGGGAAAAGAGAAAAAGGGAGAAAAGGCAGCAGAGCACAGCAGCGGCGCGACUUCCAAGGGGGGCAACGCAGCGCAGCUGCGAGGCCGGGGCGAGGACGACAGCAACCUGGCAAAGAGGCCGAGGCGCGCGGCGUAAAACAGAGCGAGGCAGGCGACAGGAGGUGAGGCAGGAAGAGCCCAAGGCGUGGCAGGGGCAGCCGCCAAGUCUCUCGCCGGGUUGCGGACUCCAACCAUAGCAAACAUGGACAGUUCGACGGCGACCUGCGACAGUAAGAACGAAAAGAAAAAGAAGGACUUCAGCAGAGACCCAGAAGCUUGCCGGACAAGGAAAAAGCCCGCCGACAGCCGUGAAAGGCAGUCGGCCACUAGCCAGCCGGCGCAGGUCCAGUGGCCGACCAGAGUGCUUUGCUCUAGGUAGGCUGUUCGUAAAACGAGCGAAAGAGCCGGUCUCUAGAGCGGAAAAAAAAAGCAGCCUGUCGAUUUAUGGCGGCGCCGCGAUGUGCGGCAAACGUCUUGGGGCCGGCCAACGUGUCUGAAGACUUUGCUUGCUUGCCUUGACCUCUCAGGUCCGCCCGCCUUCCCAUGCGCCAGCGGCCACACGCAACAGCCUGCGCCUAGCAACAGCAGUAGGCACGUCUUCAAACGGCUAGCAACCAGCUAACCGACCAAGAAAGGGCUCGCUGUUGAAAGACAGCAGCUCUGAAGACACAGAAAAAGAAAACACAAAAAAGAACUGAGAGAAAGGCACGACCUUAAGACUGCCUACCUUCGGACUACCUACCUAGAGAGCGCCUGCGCCUUCGUUCGAUCCGAAUUUUUUGCACGCCAUCAAUGGAGCAAGGCCCGCCGCAUCUAGAUGGGCGCUAGUGCGAGAAGGUUUGCAAAAAGUGAGUCGCGCCGUCUCCAGGGGGCGUGCCCUGGUCUCACUAUAAAAAACCUAGUAGGGAAAGGAUCCACUGCGCCGGAUUCAAAAGGUUGGGAUGAGCUUUGCCUUGGUCAGCUCGCCAGGGUGUAGCUCCUGACUGGUGGAACUUCAUUCAACGAGCCGAGGGGUUCGAGUCCACUCAAGCGUGAUUGCUGCGCAAUCAGUACGGGUCGGAGGUCAGAGCGUUUAGUACUGUGAGCCGUAAGUGUGAUCGCGAGGUCGAUCCUUGACCUCCAGGCCAAAGAAUAGGACAAACAAGCGCCGUAUCCUGUGCGUGUGCUGGUAGUUCCGCCCCGUUCUUCGGAAUGUGUGAAACAUGCCGGCCCCCGAAUGAAGCAAGGCCCAACGAUCGAAAGUGAGGGCGUUCCACAACCGAAUAACGAAAAGUCCUGGCCUCGGUCAACGCCGUGACCACUAGGGUAUUAGGGCAGGCUAUUCCUGCCGCGCGCCGGAGGAGGGAGCUGCGCCGAGCCCCGCUCGCACUAAUCAUCAUCAUCAAGGUCAAAAAGCCUUCUGAAGGUUUUCUGAAGGUUGCGCCAGGCCACGACGUAUCAGCACGACCAAAAGCGGCCACGUUUUGGCUGCUUCUGGCAAAUUUAGGACAAGCCAAAAGUAGCGGCCUUUGCAACGAAAAAGCGAACUUUUGGACUCUGGCCGGAUCUAGCUCUGCCCACCAGAUCUGGCUCGUCUGAAAAGCCAGAAGGUGUUCACUUUCUUUGAGGCCGGCCGCUGGCUUUUCUUUUCCGGGUCUGGCCGGCCUUCGAAAAGAGGCUGAAGGUGGAGGGGAUUUUUGUAAGCAGCGAGAUUGUCUUCCUGCAGAUCCGAAAACUUCUCGGGGGGCCCGCUUUCUACCAGUUUUCUCUUGUUCUCAAAACACAAGAAAGCUGAGCACUUUUGCAAGCAAAAGCGCAGAGGGCGCUUCGGCUUUUUCUGGAUCUGGCGCUCCGAAAAGUUGCCAAGGCGGGAGGUUGCGGCUUUGUAAGGCGGGAGGCGUCUCAGCCUUGCGGUUUUGUAAGGCGGGAGGCGUCUCAGCCUUUCUAGCUUUUCCCAUCCGGCUCUGGCUCUUGAAGGAGGUUUUUUGCCGGCUUUUUCCGCAUGUAGCUCCGCCGAGAGGGGCUAAAGGCAGCCGCUUUAGUGGAGUGUGGAGAUUCUUGAAGGCCAAGCAUCGAGCUUGUGCUUGGCGUAGAUCUCCGCGUCCAAUCUAAGAGGUGCUCCGAAAGGUUUGCGCGCUAUUUUUUCCCACGCGGCGCGCGCCGCCUGGGUCGUUUCUUAUGUAUUAGCUUGGAGCUUUUUUCUUGAAUUUUUCCAGUAUUUGUGUUUGAACUCUGACUGUUACUUCUGCUCUACCGCCGCGCCCGUGUGCAAGAGCUUCCUUGCAAUCGCGGCCGGCCUACGAAUAGGCGCGGCCACCAUCACGAUACGCGCGAGAGCGUUCCUGGCCACCGUCAUGCGCUACGCAAAACGCCCACCCCUGUUGGCAUUCUUCCCGGAAGUGCCGCGGUCCGCUCCGCUCUUGUGAAGAAGCCGGAUGGGCUGCACAAUCGGGGCGCGCCUCUCUCUCGGAUUGGAGGGGGAAACUUUUUGAACUUUGGGGCGCCGGCGGGGGCCGCGCGAUCCCUUUCGACCGGCCUAGAAAACAAGGAACGUAUGAGGCCCGGGACCUGUUGCCAAAAGGCGGGGGAAUCUGAGUCAAGCCCAGGCCCGCAAUAAAGCUAGCGCUUGGCGAUGGCGGCCGCACGUUGAAAGCGCGCGCGCCCCGCUUGGCCUCUGGCACCUGCAGGAACCGCCCGCGAACCUACAGGAGCCGUGACUUCUCGCCGGGUCCCCGCCCGGUCUUGUUCAGGUUGGGCGCAGGUAGGGGGGGCGCGCAGCAGACCGCCAACGGGCACAGCGCCGGCGUCGUCAUUAGUGCCGCUGUAGUGUUUGGGCUUGCCGCGGGUCUGGUGUCAGCCCAGCGCUGUGACCGGGUACGCGUCGGGGUGUGCGCCUAGGUAUGGCGGCGCCCUGGCUGCCUCUUACCUAUAGCGAGCCGCAUCGGAGGGGGCCGCUGCCAUCUCUCACCCCGUGACCCCGGUCGUGGGCUGAAGUCGCAACUGCAGAAAGGGAACUGGCCCGCGCUCACAGCAAGCGAGGAUCUUUGCGGCCCAUGCCCGGGCUGUCGUUCUGGAAGGGAUCGCCGAAUAUUGAGCGUGGUCGAGGUCCUUCCAUGUGUCGAAACAGUAAAGCGCGAAUAAGCUGGUGGCCGCCGAGGUCGCUUAGCCCUUCCUUGAGGUGCGUUGCUUCGAAGGUGUGCUGCAAAGAUAGAAGACUGAUGGCUAAAACGAAAACGCUUGGCGCUUUUGUGUAUUACACACCGCCUCCGUUAUGUGAACGAUUUCCCACCUGACGCUUCUAUACUGGAGGUGAUGGGGCUGUUUCCUAAUGGUACGGUCCACCUGGGGUGA